AGCGUAUGACAUUUGCAUAACCCGCCCCUGCAUAACGAGCUGUCCGGUUCAGUCUGCGUGGUCCUCAGUGCCGCUACUCGAAACAGACAACCAGGGAGGAAAUAUACCGGCAGGAAGGACUGUCACCGUCUCUAAAACUAUCAACAUGAUCAUUAUAAUCGAAGAUAAGGAGGCCUUCGACAAGGCCCUGGAGGAGGCAGGAGAUAAACUGGUGGUGGUGGACUUCACAGCCACGUGGUGCGGCCCCUGUCAGAGCAUCGCCCCUUUCUUCAAGGGUCUGUCUGAGAAUUAUCAGAGUGUGGUCUUCCUGAAGGUUGACGUGGACGACGCACCGGAUGUGGCCAGUUUCUGUGACAUCAAGUGUAUGCCAACAUUCCACUUCUACAAGAACCAGAAGAAGGUGGAGGAGUUCUCAGGGUCCAAUCAGGCCAAACUGGAGGAGCUGGUCAACACUCACAAAUAAACACACACCCGUCUGUCUCCUCUCCUCUCUCUCACCUGUCUCAAUUCACCUGAGGACGCCCCAAAGCCUUCCACCCUGUCCUCAACUGAUUUGACAGGAUGCCUGAAUGCCUUCCCCCAAUCCUCCCUUUCUCUUCCCCCAAUCUACAUAGAAUCUGCCUUUCACCGUCCUCUGUUUUCCCUUCCCCUUCUCCCUGUCCCCCCCCACCUCACCGGUCUCUCUCUCCCCCCUGUCUCCCUCUCUCCCACCCCGGUUUCUCUCUCCCCUCCUCCCCCCUCUCUCCCCCAUCUCU